UAAUUUGCUCCCCUUUCUUUAGUUUCCUACAAUGGAAGCUUAGCAUAUUGAUUUUAGAUGUUUUCUUUUCUAACAGUCAAUGAUAUAAUUCAGUGUUACAAUUUUCCCUCUAAGCUCUGCUUCCACUGCAUCCCACAAAUUUUGAUAGGUUAUAUUUUCAUUUUCAUUUGGUUCGAAAUAUUUUGAUUUCUCUGGAGAAUUUUUCUUUGACUCAUGUGUUAUUUAGAAGUGUGUCGUUUAAUCUUCAAAUAUCUGGGGAUGUUCCAAAAUAUUGCCAAGUAUUUUAGAAUAUUUCUGUUACUGAUUUAAUUGGUUUAAUUCUUCUGUGGUCUAAGACCGUAUUUUGUAUGAUGUCUAUUCUUUGAAAUAUGUUAAGGUGUGUUUUGUGGCCCCGUUAUAUACCUGUCUUUUGAUGUACAUAUGUAUGCAUGUUUUCUAGGCAUGUACCUUGGAGUAAAAUUAUUUGACUCUAGUAAAUACUGAUAGACAAGUUUUCCAAAGUGGCUGUAACAAUUAUACCCCCACUAAGAGUGCACAAGAGUUCCAUGUGUUUCACAGCUUUGCCUUUGCUCAGUAUUAUCAGUUUUAAAAUCUGUAGCCAUUUUGGUGGGUGUGUAAAUAGUAUAUCAUUGUUGUGUUAAGUUGCAUUUCCCUGAAUGGUUAACGAAGUUAAGCAUCUUUUCACGUACUCAUUGGCUAUUUGGAUUCCUCUUUGGUGCAGUGCUGUGUGUCUUUGGUCCCUUCCCUCCCCCUUUCUGUUGGAUUGUGUUUUCCUUAUUGCACUGUAGAUGUUCUUGCUUUAUUCUGAAUAUGAAUUCUUUGUUUGAUAAAUCGAUUGCAGAUUUCUUCACCUACUCCCUGGAUUGUUUCCAAUUCUUUUAAUAGUGUCUUUUGAUGAACAGUAUUUCUUACUUUUAAUGACAUCCAGUUUAUCAGUCUUUCCCUUUGUGUUUGGUGUUUUCUAGAAGUUGAUAUCGUUACUAUCAACCUGCUUUUACAGAGAAGUUAAUUGAGGUGCUUGGCACUGGAGCUCUCAGGACCUGGAGGAGAGUGAGGCAGGCCUCUGGCAGCAAUCACUGUCAGGUUCCUGAAAGCGUGCCCAACAUGUGCAUGAUUCUGAGGGUCAAUCCCUCCUCAAAUGUUGAUCCCUAGACGCCUCACCUCAGUCCUGGCCCUCCCAAGGUCUUGAAAGACCUCCCUAGGUUUAUCACUUCCUGUCUAGACUAGGCCAAAAUCAUUUUAAUUGGGUUCUCUGAGUUUGGAAUUCAGUAGCUAAAAGUCAGUAAAAUAGAGCUAAAUGAUCCUGCUCAGGCUACCAAACACUGGCAGCUGAUUAAAGGUACCCAGGCCUCUGAUUUGCUUAAAAGGUUCUCAGUUUUCCUGAAUAGGUGACUUUGAAGGAGCUCCACUGUUAGAGUUUGAGAAGCAGAAGAAAGAGGGUCUCAGGAGCCUCCCAGGAACUUGAGAGGGUUGCGCGCCCCGGACUGGCACGUGAGGGGCGGGCGUGUGUUUCUCCAGAACCGAGGCGCCGCAGGCUUUUAAACGGGGCAUCCAUGAAAACCCGGAUCCAGGAUCGCUGGGCCUGGACGCGCCGAGGGUUAUCCCCUUUCCCAAAUCUCCUCUCCGAGUCUUCGCCUGAACUCCGGCCGGGCGCAAACUGAAAGUGAAAAACCGCGGGGCUGCAGCCGGCCGUGGGGAGCCUACUUCUCCAUGACGAGGAGUGGGUGGACAGUCCUGGUUAUUUCUGCUCCACUUCUCUGCUCUUUUGAAACUCAGAUAGAAGGAAAUGACUACAUGUCAAUGACUUUUGGAAUUCAAGUCUGAUGGCAGGGAAAAUUAAGUGGAAGCAUCAUUUUAGUCUCGGGACCUGAUUGUCGAUCUCUCACUCUCCUGUAAUGGACUUUCUGACCUUGGGCAAGUCACUUCAUCUCUCUGGUCCUGGUUUCCUCAUCUGUGAGUGAGAUUUUUUUUGAUGCCUUCUGGUUUAAAGAAACUCCAGCUGCUCUUAUGAUCGCUUAAGAAGACUGCAUGCUGUUCCCUUUCAAUGCCAAGCCAGGCCCACUCAGAACCUCAGUUCUCAGUCCUCCAUGGAGACCAGGUCCCAGCAGGAAUGGCAGUGGAGGAAAUUGGCACCCAGAUGGUUCCUCCGCGUGAAGGUGUCUUGGGCUGCGGGCCGACUCGAGAACACCUGGUAACCAGGCUAGCCCUCUGUCAGUCACCCAGGGCAGGGCAGCAUGGUGCGGAUUCAGAGGAGGAAGCUUCUGGCAUCUUGCCUGUGCGUCACAGCUACUGUCUUUCUGCUCGUCACACUCCAGGUAGUGGUUGAGCUGGGAAAAUUUGAAAGGAGGAAGUUUAAAAAUUCUAAUUUGAACGACGGACAUGCACAAAUGGAAGAAGAGCCUAUACAUCUCCAUCCAUUCCUUAAGAGAGAAGGACUGACCCUGAAUAGGAAAAAAACACUGGCAGCUGAUAGCUACCCCAUCAUGCUCUGGUGGUCCCCACUGACUGGUGAAACUGGAAGGCUAGGCCAGUGCGGGGCAGACACUUGUUUCUUCACCAUCAACCGGACCUACCUCCAUCAUCACAGGACCAAAGCCUUCCUCUUCUAUGGUACUGACUUUAACAUAGAUAGCUUACCUCUGCCUCGGAAAGCCCAUCACGACUGGGCCCUUUUUCAUGAAGAGUCUCCGAAAAACAAUUACAAGCUCUUUCACCAGCCAGUCAUCACCUUGUUCAACUACACGGCCACCUUCAGCCGGCAUUCCCACCUGCCACUAACUACCCAGUACCUGGAGGGCACAGAAGUCCUGAAGUCACUCCGAUACCUGGUCCCCUUGCAGUCCAAAAACCACCUUCGGAAAAGCCUCGCUCCUCUGGUGUACGUACAGUCCGACUGUGACCCACCCUCAGACAGAGACAGCUACGUUCGAGAGCUGAUGACAUACAUCGAGGUCGAUUCUUACGGCGAGUGUUUGCGAAACAAAGCUCUCCCUCAGCAGCUGAACGGUCCAGCCUCUAUGGACGCUGGUGACUUUUAUAGGAUCCUUGCCCAGUAUAAGUUUAUCCUUGCUUUCGAGAACGCGGUUUGCGAUGACUACAUCACUGAGAAGUUCUGGAGACCUCUGAAACUGGGGGUCGUCCCUGUGUAUUACGGAUCACCCAGCAUCGCAGACUGGCUUCCAAGUAAUAGAAGUGCUAUCCUGGUAUCAGAAUUUUCUCACCCAAGAGAACUGGCAAGUUACAUCAGACAGCUGGAUCACGAUGACAGACUGUACCAGGCCUACAUAGAAUGGAAGCUGAAGGGUGAGAUCUCGAAUCAGCGACUUCUCACUGCUCUCAGGGAACGGAAAUGGGGGGUGCAGGACAUCAAGCAGGACAACUACAUCGACGCAUUUGAGUGUAUGGUGUGCACCAAGGUGUGGGAUAACAUUAGGCUCCAGGAAAAGGGCUUACCACUCAAACGAUGGAAGGCAGACAUUACCCACCUGAGCUGUCCAGAGCCUACAGCGUUUGCUUUCUCACCCCUCGCCCCACGUCGGAGCUCUUUGCGAGAGAUGUGGAUACCAAGCUUCCAACAAUCCAAGAAAGAAGCCCAAGCACUAAGGUGGCUGGUUGAUAGGAAUCAAAACUUUUCAACUCAAGAGUUUUGGGCCCUAGUAUUCAAGGACUAAUAUCAAAAAGUGUCAGAGUUCUAUUUUCUAGGUUGCCUUGAUAUCUGAAUAUAAUAGCUGCUCUGUGGACAACCCACUAGGAUGAGAAUUAAUGGGUGCAGUACUCAUAGUGAGCUCUAUUGAAUAAUAGAUAUGAGUUACCCCUAGGGGUCACUUCUCUGUUUUUUAUAGUAAAAAAGAAAUAUUUCUUAUGAACACUGGUCACCUUCAGUGCACAUGUCUGGACCCGCAUCCCUGCCGCCUUGUGUGGAAAUUCACCUCCUGUAGAAUGAGUGUUUUCCUUGCUGCAAGGAAAGAGUCCUUGCAAGGAGGGCAGAGGGUGUAGCUGUGGAUUCUUACACUCACCUCACUGGCUGUGUUUAUUGGUAUUUGGCAAGCCCAGUGUCCUGACGCUGAGCAGAAACAUGAAAUGCGUUAGAACUUGGCAAUGAGGGAUGCCAUCUGUUGGUUUCCAGGGAUGUGAGUGAGUAGUGAAGGUUGCGUGGGGUUGAUCCGCUGUCUCCCCAAAUCUAAAGAACAUAGCACAUCUCUGCCUCUUCCAUACUUUCAGCCACCUCUCCCGCCUUUCUUAGCACCACCUUGCCCUGCGUCCUCCCCUGUUCCUCCCUGGAGCGAACGUCUUGGGAAGACGUGCCUCUUCCUUGUGUGUUUUGAGUGGUGAGUAGUUCCCUAUGUUCCCUUAUUCCACUGAGCAGAACAGUACAGAGAGUCCUGUGGUUCAGGCUGGACAGCCUGUGCGUUUUGAUCGCUGUGAGCAUGAAGGUGAGUGCCCUGGGGAACUCCAGUGGUGUGGAAGCAGAUUUGUCUUGUCUUAGGGUGACGCGCAGCCUGCAGUGGAGGGCAGCCCUGCCAGUUUGGGAGCAUUCCCUGUCAUUUCUGAUCCCGUCACAGAGCAGUUUCAGCUGUCUUACCUGGAGCUUGUACUGGAGCUUCUCGGAAGACAAGGAGAAAACACUGUCUCUCGUUCUCUUUCCUUGUGAGCGUGGGGUGGCUUCUAGAUCACACUAAAGGCUGCUGCCACCCAAUGUGUGAUGGCUUUGAUGUUCUUUAUUGUGGAAAGACAUAAGCUCCAGAGGACAGGAUGAGUCCUGGGUGCUCAUGUCCCUGAUGUGGCAUCAGGGGAAACUGAGGAAAGCAUACUCUCGGCACCAGCUGCCUUUGUAUCGCAGGCCAGUGCCUUUCUGUUCCUGCCAAGGGUGAUCUCUUCCUUACGUAGCUGUCCUUCUGGCUGUGCCAGAGAAAUAAGGACUGAAACCAGUACGUUCUUUUAGCAGCAAGAGGGGUCACAUUGUUUCUCCCCUCUGACUGGGUUCUUCUCCAUCCCAGCUCUGCCAUUAACUAACUAUGAUUUUGAACAAAUCUCUUAACCUCCCUGGGCCUUAGUUUUUGUACCUAAAAAGAAGUGAUUGGGCUGGUCUUGGAAGUUCUUUUCUGUGUAACAUUCUUUAAUUAUCAAAAUUUAAGAAGCUUCAUUUUGUAUGUGUUUUUACUAGGACAGUAACAAACUAGGUUAGGGCCACUGUGUGUUUUUCAAGGGAAGCACACUCUUCUUUAAAAGAGGAAGCAUACUUAUUGGGUAGUGUUGGGGAUGGAAAGGAAUUUAUUUAUCUCUCUGCUCUUUUAUCUGAUAAUAUCAAAACGGAAAGGAUUGGAAAGGCCAGAUUUUAAGUUGUAUUUUAAAUGGGUUUAUUUGUUUGUUUCUUUUUGUUUUGCGAUACGCUGGCCUCUCACUGUUGUGGCCUCUCCCGUUGCAGAGCACAGGCUCUGGACACGCAGGCUCAGUGGCCAUGGCUCACAGGCCUAGCCGCUCCGCGGCAUGUGGGAUCUUCCCGGACCGGGACACGAACCCGUGUCCCCUGCAUCGGCAGGCGGACUCUCAACCACUGUGCCACCAGGGAAGCCCAUUUGUUUGUUUCUUUUCUUCUCUUUCUUUUUUCCCCCACUCUUAAAAAAAGCCCAGGAUAUGAUUUGUGACUCUGAUGAGACAUUAUCGAGUAGAUUCAGUUCUCCUUCACAAUGCCUUAAGCAGAUACCCCCCAGUGCUUAUGUGCUGCAUGUAGGUCUUUUUUUUUUUUAACUUAUUUAAUUAAUUUAUUUAUUUUUGGCUGCGUUGGGUCUUCAUUGCUGCGUGUGGGCUUUCUCUAGUUGUGGCGAGCAGGGGCUACUCUUCAUUGUGGUGUGUGGGCUUCUCAUUGCGGUGGCUUCCCUUGUUGUGGAGCACGGGCUUCAGUAGUUGUGGCAUGAAGGCUCAGUAGUUGUGGCGCAUGGGCUCAGUUGCUCUGCAGCAUGUGGGAUCUUCCUGGACCAGGGCUCGAACCCAUGUCCCCUGCAUUGGAAGGCGGAUUCUUAACCACUGCGCCACCAGGGAAUUCCCUGCAUGUAGGUCUUAAACCCCAACAUUUCAUGUGUUUUUUUGGUUCUGCUUGGUUCUUCUUCAUGAGUCCAUCGAUCAAAUUCCCCCUAAACCUGUAUGCAGUAUGUAGCCCUGAGCAAAUUUAGUGAAAUAAAAUCAUUGCUCAUUUAAUGUGGUAUAAAAAUUUUGUGGAGGAAGAGGAUAAAGGAGAGGGAAUUUCAUGGGAUUAAAAAUGAGGUGUAAGGCCUUCCCUGGUGGCACAGUGAUUAAGAAUCUGCUUGCCAAUGCAGGGGACACGGGUUCGAGCCCUGGUCCGGGAAGGUCCCACAUGCUGCGGAGCAACUAAGCCCUUGGGCCACAACUACUGAGCCUGUGCUCUAGAGCCCACGAACCACAACUACUGUGCCUGCAUGCCACAACUACUGAAGCCCAUGUGCCUAGAGCCCGUGCUCCGCAACAAGAGAAGCCACUGCAAUGAGAAGCCCGCUCACUGCAAUGAAGAGUAGCCCCUGCUCGCCGCAACUAGAGGAAGCCCGUGCACAGCAACAAAGACCCAAGGCAGCCAAAAAUAAAUAAAAUAAAAUAAAGAAAUUGUAAAAAAUUAAAAAAUAAAAAUGAGGUGUAUUUCAAGAAAAUAAACCAAGGAUUCUUUGGAACUCUUUGAGUACCCAUAGAUUUGAGACUUUAUUAUUAUUUUUUGCUUAACAUAUGUGUCUUUUGCAGUAGGAUUUUCAUUAAUAAGAUAAUGCCCUCUCGUCUGUGAUAAUUGCUGUCAUGGAGUGAUUCUUAUCUGCAAAACGGGAGCUCUGCUUUUGGAGUUCCAUGGAAGGCCCUCCGUGUAUUUUAGCUGUGUUGACCCCAUCAUAAGACACCUUUCUCUUUACCUCAGUGACUCCAUUUCUGAAAUAUGACUCAGCAAGUGUCCUACCUCACAGGCUGUUGUGUGGAACGGGUCAUGGCUGUGAAGGACUUCCUGCAGUGCAGCUUUCUGUUUAGUGCUUCAGUACGCUUUACUUGGAUUUUCUCAAAGACUGAUUUUCAAAGCAGUAUGACGAGGUGGGCAGAAACCUUUUCAGAAAUAUUGAAGAAAAUGAUUACUAAUGUUAGUUAAUAGUCUUUACUUCUUCACCUGAAAAUGGAGGCAACUUUGACCUUUGGUCACGUAGCAAAUAUAAUAUUUCAGAAUCUGAAUGCUGACUGGCUUCUUUGUUGCUCUUAAGGACUGGAUUCUAGCAACUAAAAUAUCGGUUGAGGUCAUUAUCAUUAUUAGUAACAGAUUGAAUGCAUACAGUGUUCUAUGCACUUCUCAGAAAUAAAGACAAAGGCAAAAAUGAGCAUGGUUCUUUCAGGGUCAAACAUUGUGUAUUACACGUAGGAGACUGGCUCAGUAUCAAUAGAACACCUUAAGGAUCUAAGCACAGUCCAGACCUGAACUUGAAAUUUGAAAUACCCAUUGUAAUAUUGUGCCUUAAAAAUUAUUAGUAGCACAUAAUUCCUGCUAAAGACAACAGUUCCUUAGGGGAAUCCAGUGUAAAGUUAAUUUUCAAUGAAUAAUGUUGAUUAUCUAAAGUCAGGAGGGUAUAACUCUGCAUAAAUGACAUAUGUCUUUCUUAGAAUCUUCAAAGUAAACAGUAUAGAAGCCCACAGGCCACAAAUAAAUGUAGUCAGUUUAUGUUUCAAGUACCUUUGCAAUCUUGAAUAUUUUACAAAGAAUUUCUUCGCCCUUCUUUCGGAAAUUUCUUUCCUUUGUUUCCAUUUUUGUUGUUGUUGUCGUCGUUAGGUAAUAUCUUAGAUAAUAAUAUUACCGCGUAAUUCUAAUGUCAACAUAUAUCUUUAUUUCCUUUUGAUUACAGAAAUGCAAAUGCUUUAGGAACUCAGAGGGAAUGUAGAAUUAUGAGCUAUGACUGGAAUGAGAAAGACCUGAUUUUAGUCCCUACUCUUUGAUGUACCAUCUUCAUUACCUUGGUCAAGUUGUUCGACCUUUUAAAGCUGUAUCUUGUUCAUGUGUCAUGUUUGCUCCCUGUGAGGUUGUUGUGAUGAUUAAGUAAGCUUGUGUUCAUACUUCUCUCAGUAAAUGCGAGCUGUAGUUGUUCCAACUAUCUGUGGCCAUCACCCUUCUGUUUGUGAAGACCCGGGUUGAGAUUGGUUCAGGAAAAGGGAAUGACUAAUGAUUGGACCAGGGAUGGUACCCUUUUGUUCUUUGUUUAGUUGUUUCAAACAUAUUUAUUGUUAUGAGAUGGGCAUUGUGGUAGGCACUGUAGCAGAUACAAGCAGGACAAUGGAGAAAGGUGAGAGGGGCAUUGUGAUACGCGGAUGGUAUUAAAACCAGGGACAGAGGAAAGCUUAAAUUGUGCUAUAACUGUCUCUCCCUUCCAUGGGAUUUCUGAUGGAGUUUUACACAAAGUUCCCAAGAGCAUAAUGAAACUCAGCGACCUCUUUAUAGUAGCUGUGCAAACCCAAAUAAACCCAGUGCAGUGAACUCCGGUAAAAGCUGGAUUUGAACAUAUAAUUUAGAUUUGAAGCCUAAGGAGCAUCUUCUAUGGCCUUUCUGUUUCUCAGUUCUCAGUCUUAGGACCAGCCUGUUCAAUGUGCCAAGAGAAAGAAGAGAAAGUCUGUAGGUCCUCACCCUGCUUACUCAUUAACCAAGGAUCAAAACAGGAAUAAAAGAGGGGAAAACCUCUUAGGAGACAAGACCUCUUUGCUUUCCACUUGCUGUGGAUGCAAGAAUAUGGGGUGCGUUGCAUGAGAGCUCCCUUUUAAGUCAUAGUAGCCUCUCUGACUAGUAAAUGUGACCUCAUCAAUAUCCCGGGCCCAACCCAUUAAAUUAGUGACCCCGUUGGUGCUGGUGGAAGGGGGAUUAUUAAGGACUUGGGCAGGAUGCAAGGUGUGAGAAGGGGCAGGAGUGACCCUCCAUGAUUUUUGUCCUCUCAACUCAUUGGGCUUAACAGCCAAGCCUGGGGUCAGUCAGAGGUGGACUGUAUCCCCAGGAGGGUAUGACCUAUCAUGAUCAACAGAGACCUCCUUUCAUCUUCCUGGGCUUCUUCCCUGAUAACUACCCUUGCUCUGUGGUAUCCCCCUGGAGCCAGUGACAUGAGCCGUUCAGCUCUUUGUCUCUUGAAGCUUCUGAAAUGAAUCAGGACUGAAGGUUGAUCAAUGUCUCCAGGAGAAUUGUGGACAUUAAGUCAAAAAUUUGUUCCCUAUUUUAUUUCCCAUUGCAAACCAUGACUUACUUCAUCAUCCAGCUUUGCUCACCAGAGGAGGUUAUACAACCAGCCCCAAUAGGCCAUUAGGAAUACUUGGAAUUUUACUAUCACAAACUCCUUAAUUAAAAAAAAACUGAUUGAAUAGGUAAUUAAAGAUUUUAGAGACUAUCAGUGUAGGUAGCUGGUGCCGUUAAUGGUUUUAAGGCAAGGGCAGUAUCCCAGGAGCCUUUGGAAUGAGCCUCACAUAGAUUGCUUCUUAUGUAUACAGAGUAAACGUGACUGCAGACUCAUCUGAUGAGUCACACUCACAGAAAAAUAAAGCCAGUUUACUUAAUGAUGUCCUUGAUGAAGUAAUAAAAAUGACUCAUUUUAUAAAACGUUGACCUUUGAGUACAUGUCUUUUUAAUAUUCUAUGUGACAAAAUGGGGCGUAUAUAUAAAGCAUGUCUGCUGCACACCAAAGCACAAUGGGAAUCUCAAAGAAAAGCACUGUGUGAUUGUUUGAGUUGUGAGCUAAACUUUUCCCUGGAAAACCAUUUUUGCUCAAGAGUGUCUGGCAAACUGUGGGUUGUUCAGUGAUGGGUUUUUGUCAGUCAACUUCAUGGAAAUGUAGUGAGCCUGUCACUUUAAGAGAACCAAUAGACUUUGUUGCCAAUGAUAAAAUUUCAGCUUUCAAAUGAAAAUUAAAAUUUUGGAAAACUAAUUUCCACCACUUCGAACUUGACAACUUCCUGAUUCUUGAGACUUUCCUGAUGAGACUAACAAAUGUUACUUUUGACAUUGAAUGGAAACAGAGGUGAUGACGUGUAAAGGAAUUUUUAUUUUUAUUUUUUUAAGGUAAGAAGUGGAUUUAUUUAGAGAGAAACACACUCCACAGAUAGAGUGUGGGCCAUCUCAGAAGGUGAGAAAGGCCAGGAGUUUUUAGUUUAUUAGUUUGUUUUUAUAAUUUGAAGGAAGGAAGAAAUAGUGUUAUAUACUAGAGAGAGAGCAUUUGUUUUAAAUUAGUUUUUUUGGUUGAAGUGUUCCAUAAGGGAAAAUGGAGUUUCUAGUGGAUAUUUUUAAAAUUAUUGAUCACUUGAAAAUUGCGGUAAGGUAAAAGGUAAUCAGAACUUUCCAUGAAGGAAAAGAAGCCUUUGGUUUUUUUCACUAGGGAAACAAGGAAAAAAUGUAUUCAAGAACAAGAAAAUUAUUUUUAAAAUAUUAUCAAGGAAAUUAUCAUUAUUUGGGUCACUCAGAAUGUCAGGCUGCCUGGAAUUUAUUAAUUUACUCAAUAAUUUUUUAUUGAGCACUUAAUAUGUGCCAGGAAUUAUUCUGGGCCAAGAGGCUAUAGUAGUGAGUGAAACUGACAAAACCCCUGCCACCAUAGAGCUUCCGUGUUAAUUCUGGUAGGGGAAUGAAUAUGGAAACGCCUUAGCAAAAUACAAACCACUUCCAGGAAGGUUUUGUUUCUUUAUUCUGUAAGAGCCCCUUGAGAUGGAAUUUACUUCCUGAAUUUCUACUACUCUAUUUGAAGCAUGAGAUAUGAUAUAAGUGGAUUAUAUUGAUAGAGUGUAUUAAAUGUGCUAUAUUGACAAGAUGGUUAAAAGUACUGAAAGUUCAGAUUCAGAGUGAGUUGGCAAGUCUGAAAGCAAAUCCUUUCUCUGUUCUUUUCAUUUUUUACUCCAUUGUUUUAUUCCUGUUCCCCAGAAGAGGAGACAUUUCUCCUGUCAACGUCAUGUGAUUUCCAGCAAGAAUAAGAACUGACUUGGGAAUGGCAAUAACAGCGGUGCGCUCACCGGGCAAGCCGUCCUGCUGUGUGGCUAAACUCCAUCUGUUCACCUUCAGUACAGGGGCUGGGGCAAGUCAAUAUUCACUUAGUUGCAGCACCUGAAAAAGUUUUAUCUUACAAGCUGCAUUCAGUCAUCGUGUAUAUAGCUCACACACCAUUAAUAAGAAGACUCAUUUCACCAGUGAAAUAAUAUUAUCUGCUAGUCUGAGAGAAUGCAGGUCACUUAGAUGAACAUCUUUAGGUAGUAAAGUAUAAUCCCAGAUGUCUUCUACUUCCUGUUUUCAUGGUCUAAAAUCCUAACUUCAGUGUAUGUCUUUAGCCUGGAGGUGAUGAAGCAGAAAUAAGAAAAUGAAACACAUCUGCUCUGACGCCCCCUCCAUAAUUUGUUUAUUUUUGCAGUAACUCUAGGGAUGCCAUUGAAAAUGAAUUUUUAUAAUCUUUUUUUUUAAAUUGAAGUACAGUUGGUUUGCAAUGUUGUGUUAAUUUCUGCUGUACAGCAAAAUGAUUCAGUUAUACAUAUAUAUAUUCUUUUUCAUAUUCUUUUCCAUUAUGGUUUAUCACAGGAUAUUGAAUAUAGAUCCCUGUGCUAUACAGUAGGACCUUUUUGUUUAUCCAUUCUAUAUAUAAUAGUUUGCAUCUGCUUAUCCCAAACUCCCAAUCCAUCUCUCCCCCACCCCCUCCUCCGUGGCAACCACAAGUCUGUUCUGUACGUCUGUGAGUCUGUUUCUGUUUUGUAGAUAGGUUCAUUUGUGUCAUAUUUGAGAUUCCACAUAUAAGUGGUAUCAUAUGGUAUUUGUCUUUCUCUGUCUGAUUUACUUCACUUAGUAUGAUAAUCUCUAGGUCCAUCCCUGUUGCUGCAAAUGGCAUUAUUUCAUUCUUUUUUAUGACUGAGUAGUAUUCCGUUGUAUAUAUGUACCACAUCUUCUUUAUCCAUUCACCUGUCGAUUGACGUUUAGGUUGCUUCCAUGUCUUGCUAUCGUGAGUAGUGCUGCUGUGAACAUUGGGGUGCACAUAUCUUUUCGAAUUAUGGUUUUCUCUAGAUAUAUGCCCAGGAGUGGGAGUGCUGGAUCAUAUGGUAGCUCUGUUUUUAGUUUUUUGAGGAACCUCCAUACUGUUUUCCAUAGUGGCUGCACCAACAGUGUAGGAGGCUUCCCUUGAGAAAAAAUCCUUUUUGAGAUAGGGAAUGUGGAAGCUCAUAUUAAAAGAACUGUAUUUUACUUCACCUAAGAUGGGGAAGCAGGACACAGUAAUUAUAUACAUAGCUUAUGCAAUACCAUAUCACUCAUAAAUGACAGGUCCAAAUUUCAAACCCAAGAUUGUUUUGUUUGUUCACGUUCUUUCCGCCACACUCUGUUUUCUCCCGUGGGGAGAGAAAGAGGUGGCUGCAGUUCUUUACAGCACCUCUGAAAAAAACAUGUCCCUAUCCCCACUGAUACGGAAAAAUCUAGUACUACCCUUACAGCCUUUAAAAUAGGUAUGAAAUUCUUUACUAGUGGAGGGGAGUUUGUGUCAUGCUUAUAAGUCAGUCUGUUUCUUCUUCAGAAGCUUUCUCGUGAUAUUGGAAUUAUAAGUAAUUUGGUUUGUAUAUAUGGGGAAGUGAAACACUUGGGAAAGCCCAUACAUUGGCCUUAGACACUCCCAUCUUUGGGAAGGUCUCAGUUUGCUAGUAUUGCGCCUGUUUGUUUGCAGAAGCUCAUGCAAUUCUGUAGACACAAGUCCUUCUUCCCCAUUGUGAGAGCUGGCAGAGCAAAGCUCACAAAGGACUUGUGAAGUAAUGAUGAUGUAUUUGUGUGAACAACAAGAGCUCAGAAAAAAAUAAUGUUUGGAUCUUGGAAGUGACACUCUAGUAAACCAUGAUCACGGUUAUGGAGCACCAGCUUUAAGGGUGAAAGAAAAGAGUGUGUGAUGUCAUUUCCUAUGGCCUACUUAUUAUGCCCAUUUCCACCCUCCCCACACAAGUCCCAGAUCUAAGAAACAAAGAUACCAUUCAUCAAGGCUGUGUUCUUUCGAAUUUGAUGCUUAUCCAAAAUUUCCUUCAGUUUUGCAAUUAUAGGGGAUAAUGUGGUUCCCCCAAAUUCCUAUUCUGCCCCCCUCUUUUGGAAAAGCAAUACCUCCAAAUAAACUUCAUAAUAAGAGGCUUUUGCGUUUUCAAAAACUGAGGGGCAGUGCCAGUGACCAGGAGCAGAGGGUAUGGGCAAUGAAGGAGAGGUGUGGGACAUGCACUUCCAGAGGAGAUGGAAAAAGAGCCUCAAGCUGGUGAGGCCAAAUUGUACACUGAAGCUGAGACACACGGUCCUAGUUCCAGAGAAGAGUCUUCCUACAGGUUUCUUUACAGAGGCCAACAUCUCCGUUUUGAUUUCAGGAAAUCCCCAAAGAGGAAAUGAGAUGUUGCAGGCUUUGGGCUUUGGGGACAGACUCACCAGAGAGAUACAUUUCAACAGCCUAAAAAUUGCUCUUCUUGGCUUCUGAGGACAAGCAGCCGAGCCACGGUGAGCCCCCCUUCCUCCUUCUGUCUGCAGCUGGCUCGGGUGCCCGGCGUGUCACCACCCAGCACCCCAGAACCAGUGUUUCCUAAACACAGCCACAUUCCUCCCCUCGACACAGGACCUCUCUGCUCAUGUUGCACUAGUCUGUAACAAGCUAGAGGGUCAUUCACGAAGGGCAUGGAGAACAAGGAGAAAACAACCCCUAAUCUUGUGUGGACUGGGAAGAAUCCGUUUUGGCAGGCACCGGACGGGGACUGCUGUAGAACUCGGGGUUGAAACAGUCUGAUCUCAGCGCUGGCAGCCUCUGCGAUGACCUUGGAAAAGACCUUGUAUCAACCUGAUCAGAACCUCCAGACAAAACACGUGAGUUCAGCCAAACAUUUGAAUGUUUCCGACAUUCGCCUGUUCUCCAUCACGGAGAGACAGUCUUCAUGGCGCUGGACUUCAAUUUGACCCUCAAAAAAGCUGUUGAGAAGGGGUCCCUCUCUACUCCCAUUCUCUCCUUUUCCAACACCCCCAUAAACAAAUUAUGGGGACAUGGUUGGGCAAUACAGGUAUAUCAAGCUCUCGUCCAAUCUACAUAUUACCUGGAAUACAGUGGAGGUGGAUUUGGGUUAAUUUGGAGAGGACUGGAAAGUGACACCAAGACAGGGACCUUGAAGUGUCACCAGGAUUUACAGAUCUUUCACAAUGCUGUUCUUCGCAUAUGUACUUGCUGCCUCGCAAUGAAACAGAGAACUUGGUCUCGGGCAGUGCCCAGCUUCCCUCACAUCUUGUGUUUACAUGUGUCACAUAUUUCUGCAGGGCACUGCCCACUGGGGUAACAGAUUAAUCUGAGGUAGUCAUUAAUUGUUUGAUGUCUGUUAUAUGGGAGGGUAGGAUGGUGCCGGGGUAAAUGAUUUGAGAAUAGCCAGGGGUGAGCGACAGCAUUGCUGUUUUCUCAUCUCCCAUGGACUUCAGACCUUCCAAGUGAGCUUGGCAAUUACCUAAAAAGAAAGGAGUGACGUGGUUUUACCCAGUGGGGGCUUUCAUUGUCCAUUUGGGUCCCUUCGUUUACUGCAUCUCAAAGAAACCAUGACAACCGUAUUUGUCUCCAUUUCCUCUCCCCUCGAUGCUUCUGGCUCCAUCUGUUCAAUACUCACCAAUGGAGUCAACAUUUGGUCUCUUUUCUUAUUAUAAACAAAAGUGCACUUAUGUGAGUUCAUUUUUUGAAGAAACAUAAAAUAAAAUAAAAACGGAAAGGUUGUGUUUGGCUUGAUAAAUUGUUCAAUACCUUCUCUACACCUCCUCUUUCUUAAUUUUCACUGACUCGUGACAUGUUCAUUUAUUUGAUUUGUCAGAAAGUGCCUGUGCAAUGUGCAGAGAUGUGUCAUCCCAGGAAAACAAAACCAAAACCAAAACUCCUGCUUUGUAGGUAGAUAUCUGUGUGAUGAAAAAAAUGCCUUCUCUGUUUUCAGUCAUGGUGUGCACGUCUAGAUCUAACCAUAUUCCUUUCACUUCCAAAACCUCAGAUAGUGGAAGGUGGGUUUGUCUUCUGAAGCUUUCUGCAAGCUCUUAGGGUCACGUGGCUCUUUGAUGAGCCCUGCACAAGAAAGCAGUAACUAAGAGGAGGAAAUAAAUAUAUGGCUCAACUCCAGUGGGACACCAGUGGGACCUCUUUUUUGUGGUGUAGGGUGUCCUUUUACAUUUGAGUCCCACUGAUGAAGUAGUCCAGGACAGAGCCAUCCCAGGCUCAGGGGUCCUGGCUUGGAACUAGUGUUGCCUUUGCUAUUAACUACCUUUGUGACCUUGAGCAAAGCAUUUUACCUCAGUACGAAUCCCCGUUCCUUCAUAUGUAAAAUGAAGUAGAACUAGAUGACAUAUAAGCCCCCAAAGAGCUUUUUUAUUUUUUAAAUAUUUAUUUGGCUGCACCAGGUCAUAGUUGUGGCACGUGGGACCUUCGUUGCUGCGUGUACGAUCUUCAGUUGCGGCAUGUGGGAUCUAGUUCCCUGACCAGGGAUCGAACUUGGGCUCCCUGCAUUAGGAGCGUGGAGUCUUAGCCACCAGGCCACCAGGGAAGUCCCCUGCAAAGAGCUGUAAGAUGGUACUAUUCUGUUUCAUGGCUAAACACUAAACACUAGCUGGUGAUUUUGCGAGUUUUCCUCUCCUACCCCUGUGAUACAGUUCUUGCCUCUGUCCUCUUCUUAUCUCACUCCAUAACUUUUCUCAUCUAUCUUGUCCACUUCGCAUUUUCAACUAUCAUUCGUAUACUUAAGACAAAACGUCUUAAAAAAUGAACUUUUACUGCAUUAUAAUCACAUAAACUACAGUGUACCCAUCUCAAGUUCAAUAAGUUUUUUUCAGAUGUAUACAGCUGUGUAUCCUCCACCACAGUCAAGAUGUAGAACAUGUAUAUCACCCCAGUAAGACCCCUUGUUCUCCUUUCUAGUCAAUACUCCCCCAUUCCUGGCCCUAGACAAUCAGGGAGCUGUUUUCUGACAUCAAACAUUUUUUUCUCCUCAAAGCCACGCUUCUAAUCAUGAUCAAAGUGUAUGUUCAACUACCCACUGGGAAACUUGAGUUAGAUUCAACCCAGGCCCCUUGACCUUAACGAGAUGGAAAUUGAGAUCUUUCUCCAUAGAUCGGUCUGUCAAAUCUCUAAAACUACACAUCCGACCAUCCUCUCUCUCCAUGUUAACCCAUCCUAUUUAGCAAUCUACUCUUUUAACGUAUUCACAUCAGUUCCUUCCUUCUGCCACUGUUUUGUGUAGGACCUCACCAACCACAGUCUAGUCCCACCAAGUUCAGGAGCUCCAUGGGUCUCUUCCAAGGUAAUGCCCCACAUCCUUCGACCUUGCAGCUCAAAGACCUUUGCAUAGCCUUUCCCCAAUUUAUUUACAUGGUGUCAACUUUGUAGUCUGCUCACUUUGGGACCUUUCUUUCAACAAAAACCUUCCUCUUGUAAAUCAGACACUCCCUAGCUUAAUAUCCUUUAAUAGGCACACAUUCCCUCUGGGAUAAAGACUCUUCUGAAACAUCCCUUCCCUGACUUUCUAAGCUCACCUCUUACAUCUUCCCCGUUUAUUAGCAUGCCCCUGUGCUCUGCUGUACCAAACUAACUGUACAUUGCCUGAACACUCCAUGCUUUCUUCAGACCUCUGCAUCUUUGUGUACACUUUUAUUUCCUCUGCUCGGAAUAUCAGUUUGAUGAAUCCCCAUUUAUGCUUCAAGACUCAGCUCAAAUGAUUUCCUCAGUGAAGCCUUCCCUAGUACCCUCAAAGACUAUUAUUAUUUUCUCUUCUUUUCCUUCAUUACACAUUGUAUAUUUCUCCUUUGUAAUCACCAAGAUUAUACUCCAGUGUAGAGAAGGAGGGAACAGGACAGCCCAUUCCCCAAAUGGUCUUGACAGUUGACAGGGUAAGCUCACGUGUACAUACUUACAUGUGUGCACAGCCCCAUACCCACAGGGAACGAGGAAGAACAUUGAAGAGUUUUUGAUUUGGGGGUCUACCUUCUAGCUCAUUUAAGAGUUUCAAUGAGGAGAUAGGCUUUGGGAGUCGCUUCUGCCACAGUUCAUUAACUUCUCCUUGUCUGGUCUGUCUCAACUGGUCUGAGACUUAGCGCGUUUACUUUUUGUUGCCCACUCAGGGUCUGCUUCUCUCUGCAGGUGAGUCUCCUCGCACUGCUAAGCCCUCUGCUGGAUGCCGCCCCAGGUGGAGGGAAGGAGGCUUCCCUGAUAUUCUGGACGAUGUAGCAUCUGCAAUCCCAUAGGCAUGUCCUGUAGAUUGUCCUGCUAAAAUACGAUGUGUCUCCUGUUCCCUCCUCUCAUACUUGUCUGGUGUGCACCUGAGAUCAGGAGGAGAAAAGUGAGAUGGGAAAAACUGAUCCUGCAAUGUCUCUAAGAGGACUUACUGUAUAGCCACUUUAAUGAUCUGUUUACAUGUUUGUCUCCUGCAGACUAAGUAUCUUGAAGGUCAGAUGGUGGUUUUUUUGUUGUUUUUGCGGUAUGCGGGCCUCUCACUGUUGUGGCCUCUCCCUCUGCGGAGCACAGGCAGAGGGAGUGAAAGUAGUAUUACUCUGAUUUUUGCAGAUGGGAAAACAGAUUCAGUGUGUCAAAUAACUUAUCCAAAUUUACAGCAAGUAAAUAGCUGAGUCCAGAUAUAGAGCCAAGUUCAUGACCAUUCUGCAAUAUACAUUUUUUUUUUUUUUUUUUUUUCGCGGUACGCGGGCCUCUCACCGCUGUGGCCUCUCCAGUUGCGGAGCACAGGCUCCGGACGCGCAGGCCCAGCGGCCAUGACUCACGGGCCCAGCGGCUCCGCGGCACGUGGGAUCCUCCUGGACCGGGGCACGAACCCGUGUCCCCUGCAUCGGCAGGCGGACUCUCAACCACUGUGCCACCAGGGAAGCCCUGCAAUAUAAUUUUUAAAGAAACAGAAUUGUUCCAAAGCAUGUACUUAGAGAUCCCUUAGCUGACAAAAUGGACAAGCAACACUUUUUUGGUCAUGGAAUUAGUAUAUUCUUCAUGUCAUCUGAAUGUUAUGUCUGUUCCAUGUUGGUCAUUUGUGCAGUGUAUAAUCCAAGGCUCCGCUUUUUAUUGGUGAUUAAGAGAGAUGGGUUUGUUGGUUUGACACUGUGAACCAAACUCUCAGAUGACAGAACAUGAUGAGCCUCUAUUGAUCUAGAAGUUUAUCCAGAACAAUAAGGUGAGUACUCCAGAGAGGAAAUUUAGCUCACUAUUAGGCAUUUUGAGUGCCUCUCACAGAGUUUUCUCUUUUUCUUUCCCUCGCACUGAGUGGUAGGCUAUUAUUUAAAAAUGUAUUAAAUACCAAGUUCUGUAAUUGCCUGAUUACUAUCAUCUUUCCUCUUUUCACUCCCCACUGUUCCCCCUGCCAUCAGGAUGACAGUUCCUUCAGGCACUCAAAUAUUUCAUCCCUCAAAAAUGGAGUAUAAAAACACAUUAAAAUAUACCACACAUGGUGAUUGUCAGAAGAAAAUCACCCAGAACCUUGAUCUCAGACUUAUCUUUCAAACGAUAUAAAUCCAAUUUAUCUCACUCCCAAGUUUCUUUGAAUUUUAGUGUCUCAAUCACCCUAUGGUAACAUUGCUCUCCAGAGUAAUUUAAUAAAAAGAUGAAAUUACCCCACAUACAUUUUUAACUGCACCUCUUUCGAUCAAAUAGGUUGAUGUCAGAAGAGUAUUCUUUCCUGAAUCAAUGGCAAAUAUGUUUUUAAUACAAACUAUGUUAGUCCAGAAGAAAUCUGUUGGUGCAACAGAAUACUCAAGAAAAAUAUACUCUUUUGGCUAAAUUAUGAGUCCCUAUUGCAUUAGACAAUUUCACAUUUCACAUUAAAUCUUUAUUUCGAUGCUUCUUAUUUUCCAGCUCUGUUUAUUCCUGGGGCCCAUAUAGGGUGUCAAAGAUAUAAAAAUAUCAUAAAACCAGGCCAUAAAUGAAAUUAAUUUUAGGUGCAAAGUAACUUACCUAUGUAUGGAAGUAAAUUCUACUGAUCACUUUUACUGAGUAAGGGAUUUGCAUAUUGUCUCCGGGAUAAUUUGGUAACUGCUAUCUUGGGUUGUUUUCUGUCCUUUUGAUGUGUGUCUGUAGUCUCUAAAACAUCUUAGAUUUUAGCUGGAACAUCCACUCUGGGGGCUCUGAAGCGGAGCUCAUCUGCUUUUCUGCAACAUAACCUUCAUCUGUGUUUUUGUUUUGCCUCUGCCAGUGAAGGAAAAAGGUCAGGGCAUUAACCCCUCCCUCCAUUAGAAGGAUGCAUUUCUGCUUUCAUCUGAUUAGCUGCUGUAAUUUGAAGCUUUCGGUGCCUGCAGAUAAGGUGGGAGGCUGGCAGCAGGAAGGGCCAUGGGAGGCUUUCAGAAAGCACACUGAGAGCUGUUAUCCUGAGUUUCACUCAAAAGAUCAAAUGUCAGGCCUGCUCACCCCAGCCUGAUCCUCAAAUUCUUGCAUAUUCAUUAACCGUCACUACGUAGUUACUUGGGGAGGUCGUAGCGAGGCUUCAGACAGUUUCUGUAGGUCUCAGGGCACAUGGAACCAAAGCAGCCAGUAAUGAGUUCAGAUCUCUUAGCACAGCUUGUUCUCAGGGGCAAAGGGUUUAUGUAGCCGUCUUCUUUCCCUCUUUUAAAACAUAAAAGUCAAAAUCUGAACAUCUUAACUUGAUUGCAUUUAUUCAUGGAGUUUAGUUUAGUGAUCUCUUUGAUAUUAGCAGGCAAAGGAACUCACAGGGAAGGUGGAACCUGCUAUUUCUGGAAGCCUGAAAAGACCUCUGUAAAUUCCCAGCAUGAUGCGGUGAUGGUUUUCACAGGCAAAGGGCUUGAAGGUACCAGCAUCACAUUUUUACAUCUCUCUACUCUACCACUUCCCCAAAUAUGAGAGAAGAACACUUGUACUUCUUAAAAUAAGGCCAGAUAGUCUCUGAACACUUUUGCCUGACUAGCAAGAUGAUGAAUAUGAAAGAGAUUCUGUUUCAAAUUUUUGGAGUUGGAUAUUUUCUUUUCUAGAAUGCUCUCCCCCUUUUCCUAGGACAAUUCCAGCAUAAGAAGCUGUUUGUGAGAAAUAACCACAGAAGUAAAAUCCCUUCCACACAAAGAGAAAACCCAUGGACUUGAAAUAUCUACUCAGUUAGUACUGGAAGCAAGGCUGGACUUGGUAAAAUGGGGGAGGUCAGAUAAUAAACUUGGGGUCUGGCUCUCUCUUAUUUUACUUCUUUGGUUUCCACAUCAGUAAAAUAAAAGAGUUAUCUACUUGGUUAUUGCUAAUACCUAUUCUGGUUUUAGUAUUCUAUGAUUGGUGAGGCAACAUAUUUCAAUUUACAACUGGCAAACAUUAAGCUUGUAUAUUGCCAUUCUUACUGGUUAUAUUCAUGGCAGACAACACUAAUUAAUUGUGAAAACUUUUCCUGCCAACCUUGGAAUUCUAAGGCCUUAGAAUCCUUUUCAUCACAGAAUUGCAAGCAUCUAUUAUCCAUCAGAUGAAGACAAAACUUACAUGCCAUUCCAGAUAUAAUGAACAGAGAGGUGGUGACAAGGCAGGGGACUAGACGGAGAUUUUGUCCUGUGUCUGCUUUUAUACAUCUGUGUAACUCUCAAGAAGGCAAUUAAAUAUUUUAAAAUUAAAUUUGAUAUAGGUUUUUGUGUGAAAAUAAGUUUUUAUUUCCCUGGGAUAAAUGCCCCGAAGUGCAAUUUUUGGGUCAUAUGGUAAUUGCAUAUUUAGUUUUUAAAGAAAUUGGCAAACUUUUUCAGAGGGGCUGUAACAUUCCCAUCAAAUAUAUAUGAGUGAUCCAGUUUUUCUGCAUCUUCACCAGCAUUUAGUAUUCCCACUAUUUUUAAUUUUUACCAUCUUGAUAGGGGUGUAAUGAUAUCUCAUGGUGGUCUUAAUUUGCAUUCCCCCAAUAGCUAAUAAUGUUGAACAUCUUUUCAUGGGCUUUCUUUGCCACCUCUAUUUCUUUUUCUAUGAAAUAUCUCUUCGUGUCUUUAGCCCAUAUUCUAAUUGAAUUGCUUCCUUUUUUAUUGCGGAGUUUUGAGAGUUUUAAAAUAUAUUCUAGAUACUAGUCCUUUGUUGGGUAAGUAGUUUGCAAACAUUUUCUCCCACUCUGUAGCUUGUCUUUUCACCCUUUUAACAGGAUCUUUUGCAAAGCAAAAGUUUUUGAUUUUGAAUUUAUCAUUUUAUGACUUUAAUUUUAAUUAUAAUUAAUUCCUUUUAGGAUCUGUGUUUUGGUGUUAAGUCUGAGAACUCUUUGCCUAGACCCUAGAUCUCAAAGAUUUUCUCUUGUUUUUUCCUAACAAUUUUUUAGUUUUACAUUUGAUAUUUAAGUUUGUGAUCUAUUUUAAGUUAAUUUUAAUAUAAGGUAUAAGACUUAGCUCGAGGUUCUUUUUUUUUUUUUGCCUGUGGAUAUCCUGUUGCUCCAGUGCCAUUUGUUACAACGGCUAUCUUUCCUCCUUUUCACCUUUGUCAAAAACCAGUUGGGCAUAUUUGUAUGAGUUUAUUUCUGGAUUCUCUAUUCUGUUUUAUUGAUCUAUGUGUUUAUUCCUCCACUAGUACUAUACAGUCUUUAGUACUAUAGCUAUAUAGUAAGUCCUGAAAUGAGUAGAAUGAUUCUUCCCAUUUUAUUCCUCUUUUUCAAAAUUGUUUUAGUUCUAGUUCCUUUGCAUUUUCAUAUAAAUUUUAGAAUAAUCUUGUCUAUAUUUACAAAAAAACUUGCUGACAUUUUGCUAGGAAUUGCAUUAAAACUGUAUAUCAAUUUGGAGAAAAUGGACAUUUUUAUUGUGUUCAGUCUUCUAAUCCAUCAAUAUGGCAUUUCUCUCCAUUUAUUAAGAUGUUUGAUUUCUUUCUUCAGUUUUUUUUUUUUUAAAGCGUUUUAUUUUAUUUUAUUUUUUUUUGCGGUACGUGGACCUCUCACUGUUUUGGCCUCUCCCGUUGUGGAGCACAGGCUCCGGACGCGCAGGCUCAGCGGCCAUGGCUCACGGGCCUAGCCGCUCCGCGGCAUGUGGGAUCUUCCUGGACCGGGGCACAAACCCGUGUCCCCUGCAUCAGCAGGCAGACUCUCAACCACCGCGCCACCAGGGAAGCGUUCUUUCUUCAGUUUUGUGUAGUUAUAGCAUAUGAGUCUGGAACAUGUUUUGUUAUAUUUACCCCUAUGUAUUGUUUAUAAGUGGUAUAAUAUUUUUAAUUUUUGGUGUCCAUAUGUUCACUGCUACUAUAGAGAAAUACAAUUGAUUUUUGUAUAUUUAUCUUGCUGAACUCACUUAUUAGUUCCCAGAAUUUAUUUUGGGUUCCUUGGGAUUUUCUGUGUAGACAAUCAUUAUGUCAUCUGUAAACAGAGACAAUUUUAUCUCUUCCUUUCUGAUCUCUAUGUCUUUUUUUUCCUUUUCAUGCCUGAUUUCAUUGAUUAGAACUUCCAGCACUAUGUUGAAUAAGAGCUAUGAGAGUGGAUAUUCUUGUUUGUUCCUGAUCUCAGGGAGAAAACAUUCAAUAUUUAACCAUUAAGUAUAAUAUUAGCUAUAGGUUUUUUGUAGGUGCACUUUAUCAAGUUGAGGAAGUUCACCUUAUUUCCUAUUUUUCCGAAUUUAAAAAAAAUUUAAAAGUCAUGAAUGGGUAUUGAAAUUUAUCAAAUGCUUUUUCUGCAUUGAUUGAUAUGAUCAUGUCAUAUUUUUUAGCCUGCUAGUAUGGUGGAUUACACUGAUUUUUAAAAAAUAUCGAACUAUUCUUGCAUCCCUGGAUUAUACUCCACUUGGUCGUAACAUAUAAUUUAAAAAAUAUAUUUAUGAAUUCUCUAUACUAAUAUUUCAUUAAGGGAUUUUGUGUUUACAUUCAUGAGGGAUAUUGGCUGUAGUUGUAAUUUUUUCUUUUGUACUUUGUCUGGUUUAGUAUCAGAGUAAUACCUGUUUCAUAAAAUGAAUCAGGGAGUAUUUCCUCCUCUUCUAUUUGCUGGAAGAGAUUAUGCCCCGGGGGUCUGCCCUCUCCCCCUUCUUUCCCUUUUGGCAACCUUGUCGUUGCCUCAGCCCCCUGCCUUGUCCCUUCCAUGUCCCUGCUAAAGUCCACUGUUGAGUAGAGCAACUUGUCUUAGUUCUUGCCCCACAUCAGGAGUAGUUCUAUAUUCCACUGUGAUUUCCAUGACUUCAUUUGCCAUUUUGUUUUGACCUGGUCAAGAGCUGGCAUAGACCUUUCUUAGGUCUCAAGUCCUAGAGUAGCCUCCAAGCUCCCUGAAUCCUUUUCUAUGUUAUCCUCAAACCUCCCCAUCCCAAAGACCCAGUGGUGUUGCUAGAGCUGCCUCUUACUGGCUCAUGAGAACCAGCUGUCAAAUUUUUAGGAAUGUUGUGAGCUGGUUGUUAAAAACAGUCACUAUUAAAAAUUAAAUUAUACAAUAUUACAAUUAGAUAAACUGUUUAAAAACAAAGGUUAAAAACACUCAAAACUUCAUUGCUUCUUGAUUAUUUUGCUACAGGUUUCUAUUACCUGUACCCUUGAGGUUAUGUACUUCUAUUUUACCUGCGUGGUAGAAAUACUAUAGAGUUGUGCGCUGCUGCACAUCUUCCCAACUUCACAGGCAGUGAUGCCUCCUCAGGAGCUUGAAACUGGUCUUGGUGGGAGUAUUUACAACAUGGAAGCUGGAAAAUGCCACAGAUCAGGUCGAGAGUUACUGUUUUGUUGAUCAACUAGACUUAAGAAAAUGAUGGAGAAGUGCUAUUAAUGCAGAUUAAACUUUUGUGUCAUGCCGUUACCUGUUACAUUAUAAAUAGUCCCCAAAUUGAAGAAGUAGUCUUCCAGUAUUCAAAACUGUCGUCCAGUUCCACAAAGAAGUCAUUCUCAUGUCCUUGAGUAAUGAGUGGUGUCCUAACGUAUGUUUGUGCUGUUUCAUUGUUUUAUUCAUUAACGUAAACAAAAAUACCAACCAGCGUUCAUGUCAGAACUACAUUCAUGCCAUCAGUGACAUGAGUGUAGUUUUGCUAAAUUGCAUACUCAACAAGCAUUUUUUCAGAGACUAUUUUUGUCAAAACAUUGUCGAAUUGCAAUUAUGGAUUAGCAAUCGAUACGAGUUUGGCAAAAUAAGAGAAAGUAUUCUGUGAGAAUAAAUUUCUAUUCAGAAUUGACAACAAAACCUGUUAUUGUUAUUGAUAAAUCAUGUACUGCAUAUCCUUUAUAUGAGUAAAAUUUAUAAUAUAUGUGUUUACUCACGUAUUUUUUUCCUGGAGAGCCAGUUGUUGAACUUUUAUCAGCAUACUACGGUGCAGACCUUAAUCCUUAUCAAGGUAUUUCUGACAUUUUAUUUUAAAGGGUCCUUUCACAACCAGAAGUUGCACUUCCGUUAAAGCUGUGUGUGAAAAAGUUUUGCUCACUUGACUCAAUUAUUCUCAAAGCCUUAACAUGUAAUCCACCAAUCCACCAGCAGGUGUCACUGUGGUGUAGGGUCACAGUCAGAAGGACUCCAGUUUUGAGCUUCCUAGAGAAGUAUUGUUGGAGUUGAGCUGCUUCCAAUUAAGUUACACACUGAACAUCUCCUCAAGUCUCUUUAUAGAAAGACAUGUCACACCCAGGUUCUCCAAAAGCAGGCAGCACAGUAACUGAGGCAUAAUCUGCUGGUUCUGUUUGCUUACUUGUUUUGCAUUUUUAACACUGCUAUUACAUAUAUGUUCAGAAAGCCCCAGAUACCUUGUGUUUAGCUCUAGAGCUGUAUAUGGCUUGCUGUUCAAAGUGUGGUUCACGGACCAGCAUCCCAAGCAUUACCUGGGAGCAUGUUAGAAAUGCUGCGUCUCAGGCCCUGCCCCAGACCUACUGAACAAAAAUCUGCAUUUUAUUAAUGUCACCAGGGCUCCUAAUGCACAUUCAAGUGAGUGUGAAAAGCACUAGUGUAAAUGACCCUUACGUUGACAGUUACUGUGAAGCUAAGAUAAGAACAAGGUGGAAACAUAACUUUCAGCUUCAUUGGUCAAGAAAAUAAAGUUAGUGGGCAAGAGAGCAAUAUUUCCCAAGAGAGAUGUCUGAUACUUUCCUUCGUGCAUGUUAGAUUGCCUAUCCUUUUUCUUUCUUUUUAAAAAAUUUUUGGACAGAAGGACCUUCCUGGAUUUUUUUCUGCACAACCUGGCCUCGGCUAACUUCCCCAGUGUUAUCUCUCGCCACCUCCCUUCCACACUCUGUAUUUCAGCCACACUAAAUUACCUGCCAGUGCGACCUUCUUAAAACUCCCAUCUGAUAAAUUUCUCCACGCUUAAGGUGGCUUCCUGUAGCUCUUAGGAUAGAGACCAAAAUCUCUGCCAUGUUUUAAAGGGCUCCUAAGAUCCAGCCCUGUCACGCUCUGUGGUCUCCCUCCUCAGCGCCUCUCUCCUCCUUAGACUCACUGUUUAGCCUCAAGUGCUCUCUCUACCUCUCUCUCUAUCCUGAGACUUGGUCCAUUCUGUUUCCUCUCCCUGGAAUGCUCUACCUGCUACCCCAACUCAUCUAUUGCUUGACUGAUACUUUCCUUAAAGAACUUGGGGAGCCUUUUGCAAAUCCCUUAGGUGCAUGAGUGUCCUUCAUCCGAUGACCCUCUAAUACUUGCAUUUUCAUUUCAUAGUGUUUCUUAGAUUUCUUAGGUUUCGACUGUUUCUUAGAUGUAUCUUUUCCCUGGUAGACCACUUGUGUAUAAAGGAUGGGAGUAUGUCUGUCUUGUGCAUCCAAAGAGUCUACCAUGGCCAUCAACACCUUACCUGUCUGGUCCUUGAUCUUUCUACUUUCACCACCUCCUGCCACUCUUGCCUCCCCGCUUCCCUUGUUCUCCCUGCUCUUCCCCAAACAUACCAAGUACCUCUUGCCACAGGUCUUGGUCCUCGCCGAUCUUCUGUGUGGCCCCUUCCUCAUUUUCUUUAGCCUUUUAUGUCUUUCCACCCAACCCUAGCAGAGUAUCUAGAGGCAGCCUUCAUGGGAGGUGUGGUGAUAUGCCUUGGUUUAGGUCUUGUAGCACAUUUGCCUUUUGUUGGAUUGCUUGUUGUCCACGGAUAAACAGGAAGUAGCUGGUCUGUAUUGUAUACAUUUUAUAAAGGUGUGGCUCUGAGCAAAAUUCCCUCUCCCCACGAACAUCAGGUUGCUGAGGUCUGCUUCUCCACAGGCUCAGAUGAAGAUGAUGUAGAAGAGAAUGGAGAAGAGGUUGCCAUUGCCUUUGGGGAGUAAAGAGCUGGGGCAAAGGAGACUUGGAAGAUGAGGGGACUGAAUAAUAGUGAGGAUUGUUUAUUGUUAUUUGGUUUAUCUAUUAAAGUCUGAGAAAUGUCUAAGACCUUUUCCUUCCUCAUUACUCACAAGUUUACAAAAAUAAUAUUAACGAUGCAGGGAAGAGACUAAAAUGAAGCCCAACAAUCCAAGUUGGGCUUUUUCUUGGCGUGAAAAGAAAAGCUGUUGUUUUGAGAACAAACGUGUGUCUCCAUUCUUUCCUUCAUUCAGCUCCCUGCUUAGAGAGCACCCACCCUAUGCAACGUCUUGCGUUUUCUUACGCUGACUGCAACACUUACACACACCAAACCUCCAGCCCCUGAUGAAUUUAUCCUUCAAAGCCUUGCAAGGUAAACUUGCAAGUUAAACUGUUCCUAUGGGAAACCUUUCUCUGAUUUAUUCCCUAUGAAGAAUUCCUCACUUUUUCCCUACCUUGAUGUGUAUAGUUUUAUUCACAUGAUUUAGUUUAACACGUAGUUAAUUCAACAAAUAUUUGUUAAGUGUCUACCCUGUUCCAGGAAAUGUGCCAGGUGCUGGAAUGAUGAAUGUGAAAAAGCAUAGUGCCUCCCUCCAAGCGUUCGCAGCCAGGUUGAGAAGCCCACUCUCGAUGGACGAGACAGAACGAAAAUCUCAAACUCAGAAACGUGAAGUAGCAUGGUGUGUCCAGAAAGCAGCCCCUGGCUUGGUGUGACCGGAGUGUAGGUUAUAAGGAAGGGAUGAUGGGGGAGCAUAGUGAGAGAUGAAGGAUGAGGCAGGCAGUAACAAUAAUAAUAUUAAUAUUAACUACUACUACAUUUAUUUGCCAGGCACUGAGCAAAGUAGUUCACAAUAGCACAGAGAUGUUGAGUAACCUGUGUAAUACCACACAGCUUGUUGGUGGUGGAGCCAGAGUUUGUCCCAGGUAUGGUGCAGUAUGAGAAUUUGAAUUUUAUUAUAGGUAAAUCAUCAGGCCAACAAGCAUUGGAUGGACCCCAUCUAUGCAUGAAACACUUUUCUAGCUAAUAUGCAUGUCUGUCUUCCCUAUGAGUUUGAUUUCUCUGAGGGAUGGAAAUCUUUUUCUAUUUAUCUUUGUCAACCUCAUAACUAGGGGAGUGCUUGGAGUGAAGCAACCAUUAUAAGGAAUUAUCGUUCCUUCUCCCUUCUUCCAUCCUUGCCUUGCUUAGAGCAAUGCCCUUCUACCUAAGGAUUAGAGCUUCCUCUAAUCAAUAACCCCAGCAUCUUCUCAUCUCUUCCCUUUAGAGCUGGUGAGAAGAUUUAGAAGGUAAAAGGGAUUGUCAUUCUUUUAUUUUCCCUUAGGUCAUGCUUUUUCUUAAGUGAAUCUUUGGACAGAGAACAGCUAAGAUGUUCUUUGAAGAGGAAAGACCCAUUUUUAAGAAAUACCAAAGUCUAGUGUUAUGCUGAUGACAGAUGAGAAGCGUAUGAAACCUUACAAGAACACCCCAUGACGAACACUCACAAUUCUUGGCUGCCCGCAUUUACUUUAGAGUGAAAUGAAAAUGACGGGACCUGGUCACCUCAUGUGAUGAAUGGGGCAAUCAGCCUAGUGUUACCUUUGCAGUACCAAGAAGUUGUGUCAUGGAAGUAAUGGUCACGGGUCCAGCAGCAGAAUGAGAAAAAGGAGAAGUAUUAAGAAAAAGGGAACUCCCAACUUUCCAGAUCCUACGUAGAGAUACCAGCCUCUCUUUUAAUAGACCUUGUGAGAAUUAGUUUGUUUUUUUUUUUUUGCCAUCAUUAUGAAGCUUUUAUUAAGGGCCUCCUGGGAAGUAGUGCUCAUGGGAAGUUGUUUGAUUAUUUAUUUUUUUUAAUAAAUAAAAAAUGUAGAGUUAACAGUGUUGUGUUAGUUUCAGGUGUACAGCCAAGUGAUUCAGUUAGGCAUAUAAAUGUAUCCAUUCUUUUUCAAAUUCUUUUCCCAUUUAGGUUAUUACAGAGUGUUGAGCAGAGUUCCCUGUGCUGUACAGUAGGUCCUUGUUGGUUGUAUAUUUUAAAUAUAGCAGUGUGUACAUGUCAAUCCCAUAUUCCCAAUCUAUCCCUCCCCCCACCCCUCCCCGCUGGUACCCAUAAGUUCGUUCUCUAAGUUGUGAGUCUGUGAGAAUUAGGUUUUGUCUAAGAAGAUUCUACUGUUGCUUUGCUUUCUGAAAACAUACUUGAACAUAAUCAGUUACUAUUCUUAGACCCUCUAGAUGUUGUAUAUUUCAGCUUUUCCCAUAGAUAAAUAUGACGUAUCGAUAGCAAUAUGCCUUCCCCAUCUUUUCCAUUCUGAAAUACUUGCGUAUUUCUAAAACUGCGCCAUGUGAUUCUUAGAGGUGGGAAAGGAAAGAAAUUCAUUGGGAAUGAUAGGACACUUGACACAGAAAUUUGACAUACGGUACAUUGCUGGAAAAGCACAGAAUGUAGGCAGGCUAUACAGUUCCUGGGUGUUGUGUACACAGCCUAACAGUCUCUGGAAGAGUACAAUACAUUUUAAUAUUAUGUCCAAUAGAUUCACUAGGCCUUACAUAAAUACCUAAAUGUUAAGGGAAACAUCACAGUUAUCUUAGGUACUGCGUUCAUGAGUGAGUUUAAGAAUAUAAAUUGAGGGCUUCCCUGGUGGCGCAGUGGUUGAGAGUCCGCCUGCCGAUGCAGGGGACGCGGGUUCGUGCCCUGGUCCGGGAGGAUCCCACAUGCCGCGGAGCGGCCGGGCCCGUGAGCCAUGGCCGCUGAGCCUGCGCGUCCGGAGCCUGUGCUCCGCAGCGGGAGAGGCCACAACAGUGAGAGGCCCGCUACCGCAAAAAAAAAAAAAAAAAGAAUAUAAAUUGAAAAGUGUAUAGGGGUUUGUGCUGAUGUAUAGACGUCUGCCCAGCACUCUUCUCAGCGGAAUACCCUCUGCCUUGCCCCCCAUGUCUCGUGGGUGCCCCUCUGCUAUCCACUGGGUGCUCUUUUCCUUCACAGAGUUGGGUGUGGGCACACGGCACACAGUGCUCAGCUGGGGCUCCACAUUGCCCUGGCUGAGCUGAUUAGUUCCUGGUGAGGCAAGGGACGCACCAGUGAACAAAGUGUUUGGCUUCUGUUUCUCUGCCAAGGAUGGCUUUGGACUUGGGUAGAUUUAGAUGAGGCCUUUCCCAGUGCAUGAAGAUGAACAAGACAGACAGGUGCCUCUGCUGCGGGCUGCUGACUCAUGCAUUGCUGCCUCCGAAGGGUCUGUGCCCAGAGACCGCCCUCCCUCGCAGACUGUCCCGAGUGCCCCUGUGGAUCCACCCACACGUGGAGGACUCUGGCCACGGCUGCAGGCUUCGCUUUUCACCUUUCUUCCUCUCCACCCCUAUUCUGAGAUUUCUCAAUAAGUCAGCUGCUUUCUUGUGUUUGUAGACAAAGCAGGGGAAAAACCUCCCUGGAUAAUAUCUCAGGUUCCAACCACUCCACGCUUUCCUGGAUGGAGUUAAGUGUGGACACAACUGGGGCUUAGAGGGAAUUCUUAUAGCCACUCCAAAUCCCGGGGAGUUCAUCAGAUGGCACUGGAGGACUUGCGCCUUCUUGGGAAGCCUGCCCGAGAGCAAAACCACUACUCUUCCCGGAAAAGAAGAAAAGGGUCCAUGAGAAGAAUUAUUUUAUACUUCUGGCUGCCACCUUCAGCGGGCAGUUAAGAUUGCCCUCUUGAGUGGCCUCUGCUGAUUAAUAGAAGGAGUGAAGAAAGAAAAAUGGAGUUAAUGUUGCAAUGAAGACAUGACAGAGCCUCUGGUUUCCAGGACUGGCCUGAAAUGAAUUAAAGCCAGCUUCUACCAGCAAAUCUGUCAUGCUGCCCUGCAAACAAGGCUCCUAGGCUGGGCCAGCAGGAAUUAGUCACGGCGCACACUGGCAAACCUUACAGACCAGGGAAUGAAAAAUGUGCCUCAUCUGCAAAAAUUACCUUUUGGAAUUUGUACAGUGUUUUCCAUUACCCACUUUCUUUUCUCCAAAGGCCAGUCAUCAAAUCUGCUUGGCUGGCUUCUGCUUCUGCUAUACCAUUAAGUGUACAAAUUUGUAUGUGAAAUGCAGUCCCAACUAGCUGUGUGCCUUUGGAUAAACGACCUCAUCUUUUGGGACCUGAGUUUCGCCUUCUGAAAAAUAAGGAGGUUGACAUCUCAUGAUCCUGGUACUUUAACUUCUUUGGAGAUUAGAAAAUAAUGUAUCAGACAUUUAUUGACCACCUGUGAAGUGCUCAUUUGGUGAAACAAAAUGUUGACGAUAAAGUCUUUUCAAGAGUUUCCAGCGUCUGUGGGGAGACGUGCAUUUAGAAAAUGUGUUAUAAAAAACAGUGAUAAGGCCAACAGGACUGUAUGUACUUAGAAGACAUUUAACAGUGUGUCAAAAUGGGUUUUUUAAAUAAAGCUUUUUUUUAAAUUUUAA